AAUCAUUUAGGAAUAUAAAUGACAUUUUACAAAAAGUGGCUCACUUUGUUCCUCUAAUGAAAAGUUAACCACUAUUGUGGUUUUAAUGCUAGCUUGUGCUUAUUUGUGCAAAAUACAGGAAAUGCGUCAUUAACUGUAGGUAGACAAGUACUCAAGUACCGAUACCACAGGUGUUGUUAUUACUUCCUACUUGACAAAAGCAAAAAAGAUUCAGUGAUCAAUGAAGAGCAAUGAUAAAAACUUUAAGGAUUUUGUAGAAGUUUGACUCUAAACAGACAACAGAAUUUUGUGAUUAUUGUGUUUGUUUUAUUUUUUCUUAAAGUUUCAAUUGCUGGAGCUCAAACAGUGAAAAUGGAUUCACUCACUGUAGAACUUUCUUGCCCUGUGUGCCUUGAAAUCUUUAAGGAUCCUCUUCAAUUAUCAUGCAAUCACAAUGUCUGUAAAGAGUGUCUGCAACAGCUGUGGAGAACCAAGAAAACUCGGGAGUGUCCUGUCUGCGGGGGAACAUCCUCAAAAAAUCCUUCCUGUAAUCUUGUGUUAAAAAACUUGUGCAAGUCAUUCCUGAAGGAGAGAAAUAAGAGGUGUUUAGCAGGGUCUGAAGAGAUCUGCAGUUUACAUGGUAAGAAACUCAAACUCGUCUGUCUGGAGAACAAACAGCCUGUGUGUUCAGUGUGCAGAAAUACACAGAAAUAUGCCAAUCAAACGUUCAGACCCAUCAGUGAAGUUGUUCCAUCAUACAAGGAGGAGCUCAAUGCAGCACUGAAGUCCUUUCAAGAGAAACUUAAACAGAAAGAAAACCUUAAAAGAGAGUUUGAGAAAACAGUUCAACAUAUCAGGUCUCAAGCUGAAUACACAGAGAAUCAGAUUAAAGAGCAGUUUAAGAAGCUUCGUCAGUUUCUUAGAGAUGAAGAAACAUCUACAAUUAUUGCACUGAGGGAGGAAGAGGACCAGAAGAAGCAGAAUAUGAAGGAAAAGCUGGAUGAUAUGAACAGACAAAUCUCAGCUCUUUCACACACUAUCAGAGAUUUGGAGGAGACAAUGAAGGCUAAUGACGUCUGCUUUCUAAAGAAGUUUCCAGUCACGAUGGAAAGAGUCCAGAUCUCACAGCCAGAUCCACAGAUGCCUUCUGGAGUUUUAAUUUAUGUGCCCCGUUACUUGGGCAACCUGCCAUACAGAGUCUGGAAGAAAAUGCUGAACUCUGUCCAAAAGACUCCUGUGACUCUGGAUCCAAACACGGCUAAUCCACAUCUCAUCCUGUCUAAUGAUCUGACGCGUGUCAAAUACAUUUGGGAUAAACAACAGCUUCCUGAUAAUCAAGAGAGAUUUGACAUCUGUGGGUGUGUUCUGGGUUCAGAGGGUUUUAACUCAGGAAUGCACUUCUGGGAAGUCAAGGUUGAAGAGAGUGAAUGCUGGAGUCUUGGAGUAACUACAGAAUUAAACCAAAGGAAAGGACGUGAUUUCUGUAACUCUAAUGUCUGGUGUGUGCAGUAUGAUCCAUACAGACUGCUCGGGCCUGGUUUUCCUGUUAAACAGGAGCUUAAGUGUGUGAGAGUUGAUCUGGACUAUGAUGGAGGAACAGUAUCAUUCUCUGAUCCUGUAACUGACACGCAUAUACACACAUUUACAACCACCUUCACUGACGUCAUCUUUCCAUUUUUCUGUAAUCUUGAUGAACUUAACUGUCUCCAGAUUUUACCAGUUAAACUGUAAAAAAAAAUAAAAAUCACUGAAGCAUCAUC